AUGCCGCUGGAUCCCGUUCAAGAAAGGCGUGUCCGCCGCAAGACCGACUGCAUUAUCAUGCCAGUCAUUUGCCUCGUCUACGCCAUGAACUUCUUGGACAAGACGGCACUUACGUACGCCUCGGUCAUGGGCCUGUUCAAGGACACGAAGAUUACGGGCGAUCAGUUCAGCUGGGUAGCCUCAAUCUAUUACUUUGGCUACCUCGCGGGCACGUUUCCAAUGGUGUAUGGUCUGCAGCGCCUGCCGCUGGCCAAGUUCACCUCGUUCAACAUCAUUGUAUGGGGCAUCUCCGUCGGCUGCACAGCUGCUGUGAACAACUAUGCCGGCCUCCUCGGUCUUCGCUUCAUUCUGGGUAUUUUCGAGUCCGGCAUGGUGCCAGCCAUCCUCCUGGUCGUUGCAGAAUGGUACAAGCCUCACGAGCAAGGCACCCGGACUGGCGUGUGGGGAUCAAUGACCUCGUGGGGGUGCAUUCUUGGCGGCGGUGUCGCGUAUGCGCUCGCCAUCCGCCAGGAAAAGGGGACGCUGGCACUCGCGGGCUGGAGGAUUGUCUACAUCUGGCUCGGCGCCAUGACCAUCACCGUCGGACUUCUGUUCCUUUUCCUAAUUCCCGACUCGAUCGAAAAGGCCUGGUUCCUUACCCCCGAGCAGAAGGAGGUCGCGCACCGGCGUACUCUUGAGAACAAGCAACAUAUUGGCGAGAAGGAGUGGAAGUGGUACCAGGUCCGCGAGGUCGCCACCGAUCCUCAGGUCUACAUUCUCGCCCUCAUCACGCUUUGCUCAAAUGUUCCCACCGGUGGUCUCGUCAACUUCUUUGCUCUCAUUGUCAAGGGCAUCGGCUACAACUCGGCUGAAACUCUCCUGCUCACCAUGGCCAAUGCCUCGCUUGGUGCGGCAACCAUGUUCUGGAUGUGGGCGGGUGACAAGGCCAAGUGUCGCACCCUGGUGAGCGGCACUGGUGUUGCUCUGUCCAUUAUUGGUGGCGUUCUCUUAUGGGCACUGCCGCUCGCGAAGAAGGAGGCGCGCCUGGCCGGAUUCUACUUGUGUAUCUGGAACAGUAUUGCCACGUACAUUGCGACGUCAAUGGUCACGACCAACGUCGCUGGGCGCACCAAGAAGUCCGUCUGCUCGGGCGGCUACGUCAUGUUCCUUUGCAUCGGCCAGCUUAUCGGGCCUCAGACUUUCCGUGCGAAGCACGCCCCCCGAUACGCCCCAGCGCUUCUCACCAUGGUCAUUCUCACUGCGAUCAACGUUGGCCUCCUUAUUCUCCUCUACUGCUACUACCGUGCCCAGAACGCGAAGAAGGACCGCCUGUACGGCCGGCCGAACAAGAUCGAGAAGGAUGUCUGGGUCGACCUCACGGACCGGGAGAAUCCCGAGUUCCGCUACGUGUACUAG